AUGGAAGACGACAAGUAUUUCUCAUUUGCAGAGUUGGACUUGGCGGCGGCAACUACGAGCACCGGAUAUUUGGAAGAUGCUCUGUUUUCCAAACGGAGGCGCUUACUGAUUAAUCCUCACCAUCAGCAACCUCAUGAUCAGUCUCAGAGCCACUGCUACGGUUACGGGUGGGAGAAGUCGUCACAGAAUUUCCACGUUAUAAGUCCAGAGGUUGAGCUCCUUGGAGAAAUCUUCUCAGCGUCAUCGGCAGCAUCCACUGAACCUGAUGCAGAGUACUAUUCAUCCUCGUCCUCCGGCCGUGCCAAAUCUGUCUCUUCUGCCGUCGAUGACGGAGAUCAGUAUCACUCGUGCAAUUCAGGGCCGACGGCGACUCACCAGCUUCUGCAUCAUCAGCAUUUUGCCUGGGUAGGCAGGGGAAUUGAGAUUAAGGAGGAGGAAAAUGCUGACGAGGACAGAAAGCAGCAAAAGAUAGUAACACUACCAAGUACAGGCGGCGGCGGCGGUAGGAGAAGGAGGCGGAGGGUGGCGUAUCCAUUUGCGUUGGUGAAGCCCGGCGGCGGCGAAGAAGGGGUGGUGACAAUAGAAGAGAUCAACAGCAGGCUGUUAAUGACACCAACGAGGCCACUAAGACACCCAGUCGGUGACUUCGCGUGUCGGCCAUGCGUGACGGCGGCGGGCCGUCCUGGUCUCUCCGGGAAAGCUGUGGUGGCACUUACCAAGAUCUAUACUCAAGGCGGCAAAGGCACUGUCACCAUUAUCAGGACCAAAGGUUGA